UUCGGAGCUUACAAUACACUGUUUUAAGUAGGAAAGACAAAUGUUUACAAGCAAUGGCUUCAUAUAGCCCUAAACUGUUAGAAAAGAAAUACAAUAACUGGGUUAAAGCUCAGUUAGCUGUGUUAUUUACUAAAGAAGGAGUUGAACCUUUUGUUUGUAAUGAAAUUAGGCAAUUUCAAUUGAAAUGUUUACAUGAUAUAUGUUACUUAAAUGGCUUAUUUAGUGGAACUUGUUGUUCAAGUUGCUGUACGGAAAAUGUUGUUCAAUGCCCUACUGACAAAAUAUGUAAAGUUAGGCGUGGGAAAUGUACGUAUCAUCGGAAUGUUGCGACAAGGUACAGUUCUUCUGGCUGUCCUAACAAGAUAUGUCAUAAAUUAAAAGUUGAAAUACAAAAUGCACAUAGGUACAACGGUCCGUCGUACAAAAACAGUGAUGCUACUCAGUGGUGCAGUAAUUUCUGGGAAGUAGCAAAGUGCUUCAUGCCCCCAGAUGGAUACAAAGAAAAGGCAUCUGCAACGGACACAGACUUCAAUGGUAUCAUUAGCGUUAUCCUUAAUUACAAAGACUUCCAGGGGAAAUUACGUGAGAACCUCAACAAUAAGACAAAUAUGUUUGAAGAGGCAAGAGAAAUUGGAAGAAAUGUUCGACAUUCAUCAAAACUUGAAGUAGAGGAUUCAGAUCUACAGAAAUACUUCAAAUUAUUACAGCAACUGCUUUCUGACCCUGUGUAUUUAGCUACAGACACGCAUGCGCAGAAUGCUAAUCAGAAACUUAUACAGUUAGAAAAUGACACUCUAGUCAUUGGCAAAGAUGAAAUAAGGAAAGUACUAGACGAUGUGGCAACCGUAAUUCAAGACAAGAUGAAGGCUGAAUUAGAUGAUCAAUAUGACAGAAUUAAACUUGAUAUGAUUAGAAGAAAACAAGAAGAUCUUCUAUCCUUUGGGUCUAAAACUGCCGAGGGAAUUAUACAGCUACAAGAUAAGACUGAUGCUUCUGUGAAAAGAUUAAAUGACGAAAGGGACAAAGAACUUGAUACAAUUCAUAAACAAGGAGAUAAAGAACGAGCAGGUCUGACUGAAUUAGGAGAGACGUUACAAAAAGAACUGAAAACAGCAAAUAAAGCCGAAAAAGAAGAACAAUAUCUAGCUGUUAAAUCUAAAACUGCCGAGGGAAUGUCACAGAUACAAGUUGAAACAGAUGCUUCUGUUAAAAGAUUAAAUGACGAAAGGGACAAAGCAAUUGUUGCAAUUCAUGAACAAGAAGAUAAAGUACGAACGAACCUGGCAAAAGUAGGAGAGACGCUACAAAAAGAACUGAAAACAGCAAGCCAAGCCGAGAAAGAAGAACAGUAUUUUGAUUUAACACAAAGUAAGUGAUAUACAUUUGUCAAAAUAUUUUAUCACAUGACUUCAUGUUUUCCAUGUGAUUUUACUAUUACGAAUUUAUUUUUCAUUUCCGAGUCCAAAAUGUCCAUAUCAAAACCAUACUGCACUCGAAGUGAUUGUAUCUGUAAUAUACUUUCUUGUUAUACUAAGACACUAGCAUUGUUAAUCUUAGGUGCCAUCUUUAAUUUAAAUGUCUUUUAAUGUAAAAUUAAAGAGUUCGUUAUUCAUUGUUAAGUACCAUACUUAUUCUAGCCAAUAAUUCAAUGUUGCAAAAUAGUUGAAUAUCACUUUAAUUUCACUAUAAGUACUCUGUAUUUCACUUGAAAAUAUAUAAAGAA